CACAGCUUGGCGCGGGCGGUGGCGCGGGCGGUCAAGCGGCGGGCUGCAGGGGCACAGAAUAGCAUUGAUGAGGAGCAUGUUUUAGCUUUAAUUCUAAAGGAAGAUGGACUAAGUGAGCAGGAAUGCAAAGAAAAACUAAAAAAAUAUUGCCAAGAAUUAAAUGAAGUAAAUCUAAAAAUAGAACAAGUACACGAAAAAUUAAAAGAUUUUUGUGAUAAUGGAAAACAAGAUAAAAAAUGUCAAGGUCUACAAGCCAAAGUUACGGAGAAAUGUACAAAUUUUAAAACAAAAAAGCUAGGACCAGCGUUAACAAAUCCAUCAGAUGAUAAUUGCAAAGAGAAUGAACAACAAUGCCUAUUUUUGGAGGGAGCAUGCCCUGAUCUUGUAGAGGAUUGUAACAAACUAAGGAAUAAAUGUUAUCAAAAAAAACGAGAUGAAAUAGCAGAAAAAGUUCUUUUAAGGGCACUUAGUGGAAGUCUUAAGGAAAAAGAUUCAUGUAAAAAGAAGUUUAAAGAGGUUUGCUCGUUGUUGAGCAGAGAAAGUGAUGAAUUGAUGAUGUUAUGUUUUGAUGAGGAAAAAACGUGCCAGAGUAUCAUGACUAAGGAACAAUAUAACUGCGAAUCUCUCAAAAAUGAAAUUAAAAACGUGCUAAAUAAAAAAGGCGAAUUGCAAACAAAAUGCCCAUCAUUGCUUAAGAAAUGUUACUUUUAUGAUGCGGAUUGUACUGGAGAUAAACCAAAUUGCAAAGAACUUGAGAGUAAUUGUGAAGAAAAAGGCAUAACUUAUACAAAGCCGGGUUCAGAUUUUGAGCCUAUAAGAUCAGGAAUUACAUUGGCAGAAGAAAUAGAAUUGGAAGAACUUUAUAAAAAGGCAGCAAAAAAGGGAGUUCAUAUUGGAAGACCGCCUACAAGAGAUGCUGCUGAACUUUUAUUGUUACUAAGUCAAAGCGGUGCAGGGUCUACAGUUGUAGAUAAAUGUAAAAAUACUAUUCAAGAAAAAUGCAAAAAAUUUAAAGAGCACAUUAUUUUAAAAGAUUUGUGUAAUAAUCAAAAUAUCACUGAUAAUCCAGAAGAAAAAUGCAAAGAAUUAGAUAAAGAAUUGACAACCCGUGCUUCAAUUGUUUCUAAAGAGAUUGAAAAAUAUCUUGACAUAGCUAAUGGGAAGAAAAUUAUUAGUUGGCAUAUGUUGCAUACAUUUUUUAGUGAAAGGAAGUGCACGAAACUGUUGUCAGAUUGUUUUUAUUUUGCUCAAGAUAAAGGUCCUCUUAAUAAAGAAUGUGAUAAUUUAAAGGCAGCAUGUUAUAAAAAAGGGCUUGAAGCACCAGCAAAUGAAGCAUUACAAGAUAAGUUACGGGGAAAAUUGCAAGGUUCGAAUAAAGCAUGGCAUGAAAGCCUUCAAAAGGAGAUAGUGAAAGCUUGUGAGAAAUUAAAAAAAGAGAGCGAUGAACUAUUUGUGUUGUGUCUGCAGCCAAAAAAGACUGCUUUUGUAGUUUCAACAGAUUUACGAUUUAGAGCUAUUUUUCUACGGGAACAAUUAGACGAGAAGCGAGAUUUUCCAACGGAAACAGAUUGUAAAGAAUUAGAAAAAAAGUGCAGAAUACUGGGACAAGAUUCAAAAGAAAUUAAGUGGCCAUGUCUUACAUUGAAUCAGCAUUGCGACCGUUUAAGAAUUGCAGAGCAAUUGGAGGAGAAAUUGUUAGAAGAAAAAACAAAAGACUUGGAUAAGUUCAGUUCAUGUGUAGAAAAUUUGGGAAAGUGGUGUAAUGAUUGGGCUAGAAGAGGAAGAACUCAUUUUACUCUUGCAUGUGUAGCACAGAAUACUACUUGCAAGAUUCUUACAGAAAAAGUUGGGUUUAAGUGUGCUAGGUUGCAUGAACAUAUGAAAACAAAUAAAGUUUUAGAAAAUGUAAAAAAUAACGAUACAAGGGAAAGAAUAUGUACAUCAUGGGAACCAUAUUGUAGCAAAUUCAUCUCAAGUUGCAAGAGCUUAAUGAAAGCUAAUGGUGGAGAGUGUGAAGAGCUUAACAAGGAGUGUAAAUCAUUCAUUGAAAGAAAGGAAUUGGAGGAAAAAGUGAUCGAUGAAUUAAAGGGUAGUUUGAAAACAGAGAAAGAAUGCCAGGAUACACUUAAAAAAUAUUGCGUAGCAUGGAAGAAUGCAACCAAUCAACUUAGAACUUUGUGCACAGGCAAAAAGAAAAAUGGCAAGAAAGAUGAUGUCAAGAAAGAACUUUGCGAAAAAUUGGUAGAACAAGUAAAAAAGCGAUGUCCUGGGUUAAAAAAAGAACUCACAGAGGCCAGUAAAGAGUUGGAGAAAAAAGCUAACAAAUAUGAGGAUAUCAAAAAAGAAGCAAAAGAAGCAAUGGAAAAAGCAAAUCUUGUUUUAUCAAAAGCAAAAGCAACGGAUGACAAAUCUGCAGGUAAAACAGUACCAUCAGAAUCAGCACCAGCACCAGCACCGAACACACUACCAGCAGCACCGAAUACAACACAAAACACAGUAUUAUUUAAACUUAUAAGAAGAAAUAUAAACGCACCGGUGACAGAAAAAACAUAUGUUACAGAAAAGGAGUUAAAAGCAUUUGAUUUGGUAUCUCAAGCAUUUAGCUUGUAUGUAGAAUUAAAAGAAUUAUGUCAUGAUUCAGAGAAAGGAUGUGGAUUUAAGGAGGAAUGCAAAGACAUUAAGGACGCAUGCACUAAAAUUGAAAAAGCAUGUGGUGGAUUGAAACCACUAGAAAUAAAGCCACACGAAAUAGAAACAACGACAACAACAACGACAACAACAACAACAACAACAAAGACAGAAGGAGAAGGAAAGACGGCAGAGUGCCAGUCUCUGCAGACAACAGACACGUGGGUCACAAAGACGUCGACCCAUACUAGCACUUCUACGACUACGUCCACAGUCACAUCGAGAAUAACACUGACCUCGACGAGGCGGUGUAAGCCUACGAAGUGCACGACAGGAGAGGGGGAUGAAGCAGGGGAAGUGAAGCCGAAUGAGGGGUUGAGGAUGAGUGGGUGGAGUGUGAUGAGGGGGGUGUUACUAGCAAUGAUGAUUUCAUUCAUGAUUUAA